AUGAUAUUCGAUGAUUUUACUGCUAAGGAAGAACUUGUUAAAAUUAUUCCUUUAAAAGGGCGGAUUCGAGGUGAAGACAUAUUUUCUUCCGUUCAAGAUUAUUUUAUCUCUGAAAACAUUCCACUUCAGAAACUGGUUGGCAUUACAACUGACGGAGCCCCAGCGUUUACUGGAGUGCAUUACGGAUUCAUUGCCCUUUGCCGCAAAUAUGACACGUUUCCAAAUUUUUUAACAUACCGCUGCAUCGUGCAUCAGCAAGCACUUUGUGGUAAAUUUUUAAAUGCCGACAAUGUUAUGAAAGUCGUUGUUAAACUGGUAAACCAAGUAAUAGCUUAUGCUUUGCAGAGAAGACAGUUCCGAACUCUAAUUGCAGAAAUGAAUCUAGAAUACGGAGAAUUGCUUCUGCCUACAGAGAUACGCUGGUUAAGCAAGGAGAAGAUUCUUCUGCGCUUUUAUGAGCUCCUACCAGCUUUAAUCGCUUUUCUUAAGGAGCGUAAAGAAGACUACUCAACACUAGAAGAACCCGAAUGGUUGAGAGGUUUUGGAUUCUUGACCGAUGUCACAGGAAAGCUGAAUGAACUAAAUUUGCAGCUUCAGGGUAAAGAAAAAAAUAUUCUUCAAAUGAUUUCCGAAGUAAAGUCAUUCAUUGCGAAACUUGAACUAUGGGAAAAAAUCUACUGGAAGGAAAUUUAA